AUGCCGCCAUUAUAUGGUGCCCUCGAUAGAAACAAGGAAUUUGAUGAAGGGGCAAUUGGUGAUGUAAGACUGGAGCUCAGCAUAGAGACUGGGCUGCCGCUCUCGGAGACCCCAGAGCCCCGGGGCGCGCUGGUGAACGGAGAGCCGGAGGAGCGGGCCGGGCGCACAGCCGGGCGCGCGCGCAGGGCCCCAGGGGAGCAGAGCCGGCACGGGGCUCCGCGGCGAUCCGGACCCGGGAGCCCGGGCCUGGGCCCGGCCAAUUGUGCGCACGAGACUUCCCGGGACGGUCUGAGCAGCCCCGGCCGCCGGCCCUCCCUCGGCCCGCCCCGCCCCGCCCCGGCCGCCGGCCCUCCCCGCCCGCCGGACCCCGAACCCCCUCCGGCACCCAGCCCCCCGCCGCCCCUGCCCACUUUUCCGGGCGCGCCGCCGGGGCCCUGCCACCCUCUGCUCUUCCGGGUGGAGCCCUUCACGGACUACGGCUCAUCCCUGACCAUCAGCCUCCCCGGCGCGUUGCAGCCCCACCAGCCCUUCCACAUCGUGCUGCGGUACACCAGCAGCGACGCCCCCGCCAUCUGGUGGCUGGAUCCCGAACUGACCUACAGUAAUUCCAAGCCAUUUGUCUUCACCCAAGGCCACUCUGUGUGCAACCGCUCCUUCUUCCCCUGUUUCGACACGCCCGCGGUGAAGUGUACUUACUCUGCCACCGUCAAGGCUCCCGCCGGGGUGCAGGUGCUGAUGAGCGCCACCCAAAGUGCCUACCUGGAGAAGGAGGGCGUGUACCAGUUUCACAUGGAAUAUCCAGUGCCUGCCUACCUGGUGGCGCUGGUGGCGGGAGAGCUUGUGCCAGCCGACAUCGGGCCCAGGAGCAGAGUAUGGGCUGAGCCAUGCCUCUUGUCGACGGCCACAAGCAAACUGUCUGGACUGGUGGAACAGUGGCUGAGCAUAGCGGAGAAACUGUAUGGGCCCUACCUGUGGGGCAGGUAUGACAUUGUGUUCCUCCCGCCCUCCUUCCCGAUCGUGGCGAUGGAGAACCCCUGCCUGACCUUCAUCAUCUCCUCCAUCCUGGAGAGUGAUGAGUUCCUCAUCAUUGACAUCAUCCACGAAGUCGCGCACAGCUGGUUUGGCAAUGCGGUCACCAACGCCACGUGGGAGGAGAUGUGGUUGAGUGAGGGGCUGGCCACCUAUGCCCAGCGCCGCAUCACCACCGAGACCUACGGCGCUGCCUUCACAUGCCUGGAGACAGCGUUCCGCCUCGAUGCCCUCCAUCGCCAGAUGAAGCUUCUCGGGGAGGACAACCCUGUCAGCAAGCUGCAGGUCAAACUGGAACCAGGGGUGAAUCCCAGCAACCUCAUGAACCUGUUUACCUAUGAGAAAGGAUACUGCUUUGUUUACUACCUGUCGCAGCUCUGUGGAGACCCCCAGCACUUUGACUCCUUCCUUCGAGCUUACGUGGAGAAGUACAAGUUCAGCAGUGUCGUCGCCCAAGAUCUUUUGGAUUCUUUCCUGAAUUUCUUUCCUGAGCUGAAGGAGCAGAGCGUGGACAGCAAAGCAGGGCUGGAGUUUGAGCGCUGGCUCAAUGCCACGGGGCCUCCGCUCGCUGAGCCAGAUUUAUCACAAGGCUCCAGCCUGACCAGGCCCGUGGAGACCCUCUUCCGGCUGUGGACGGCAGAGCCUCUGGACCAGGCAGCUGCUUCAGCCAGCAGCAUCGACAUCACCAAGUGGAAAACGUUCCAGACUGUUCUCUUCCUGGAUAGACUUCUGGAUGGGUCCCCACUGCCCCAGGAAGUGGUGAUGAGGCUCUCCAAGUGUUACUCUUCGCUGCUGGACUCCAUGAAUGCCGAGGUCCGCAUCCGGUGGCUCCAAAUUGUCGUCCGCAAUGACUACUACCCAGACCUCUACAAAGUGCGGCGGUUCCUGGAGAGCCAGAUGUCCCGCAUGUACACCAUCCCACUCUAUGAGGAUCUCUGCACCGGUGCCCUCAAGUCCUUCGCCUUGGAGGUUUUCUACCAGACCCAAGGCCGGCUGCACCCCAACCUCCGUAAAACAAUCCAGCAGAUCCUGGCCCAGGGCCUGGCCUCUCCAGCCCCCACGGACACCCCCACCCUGGCCAUCGCCACAGACACCCCAGCCCUGCUGCUGGAGGACAAGCCCCCCGAAGCCACAAAUGGUGCCAUCUCUCUCAGGGACGUCAAUGUGUCUGCCUAGCCUCACCCCUUGUUCUGGGGUGGCCCCCCAGGCCCCCAGUGGUAGUCUCUUGGUUUGGGAUUGCUCGGCGGUUCCAGCUACCAAGUUGAAUGUGCCUUCCCAUGCCCAUCCUGGAUGGGGCUCUGGAAGGGGGUCCUGGACUAUUACAAUUUUAGCCCUGCAGUGGGCAUCCUGAAACCCUCCCUGAGCUCAGAGCAGGGCUCCCUGAAAAGACUCCUUGGUACUCUGAGAAGUCUGCCCAGCAGCCAUCCAGGGAUGGGCUUUGGUCAAGGGGCAGUUGGCCACUUACCUCAGGGUUCCGGGUUGCGUAGGGGAUGGGAGGGAUUCUCUGCCCCUUGGGAAACAAGCAACCUCAUUACCACUUCCUGGGAUGGUAAAAAGCUAGGAGGGUCUCCUGCGAAAGGGCAAGACCACUUGAGCCUUGACCCUCCCGAUCUGCCCCGAGUUUGCACUUGGAGAGUUUGGAGGAGGGGGCCGUCCCCCUGGGAGGCAGGCCUAAUGAGUGUCUUAUGAUGGGGCUUGGGAGCAUAGCAGGUGAGAGCAACCCUUCCCUUCCCCCCUGCCCCCCCCAGGCUGCUCCUGCAGGGAUGCCCUGGAGCAGCCUUCAGGCUUGGUUUCUUACUGUCUCCUCCCCUCUCCUCCUUGACCCUGACGACCACCACACUGUGCCUUACGUCUACCCGAGGAGGCGUAGGAUGAGCCUUUUUCUAGACAUGACCCUCCGUUCCCAGUGACCCCCUGGAGCCCAAAUUCCUGUCUCCCUUUCCUUCAUUCCUGACUCUCCUUGGGGGACAACUUACAAGCCAGGGUCGGGGGUGGGCUUUGUAUGUUGGGGCUAGGCCCAUGGAGAGACUGCCAGAAGGCAGAGAUGGUCAGCUGACCAGAGAGGGGACCCCUCAACCUUCCCUCACCCCCACCCCACCAGGUGAGAUAUGAAGCCAGCAAAGGCAGAUUGAGGAGGGGAGCCGGGAGGAGAUGUCAAUGCAGAGGGUCACAGGGGUGGGUGGGAAAGGUGGCGGGCACCUUGCCAGCCCAGAAUCUCCAGCCGAGGUCAGGGAACCAUCACUCUUGGUCAAACAGGAAGAUGUAGCCUGGCUGCCCCAAGGUUGAGGCAGUGUGAGGGCUUUGGGGAGCCUGGGCCUCUCGCCUCUGUGGACUUUAGCUCCAGGAACAGAUGAUGGUGACUAAGCAUCCCGCCUUUUAUCUAUCUGCACCUCGGCUUUAGCCCUGUCUGGGGCCAGACUGGGACGAAAGCAAUAAGACCCCCCCCCCCCCAGGAUAGGUCCCCACAGGACUCUUUCCCAGCCGUGCCCUGCCCCCCCCACCCCCAACUUGCACCAAUCCUGUGAUGAAUAUUUGACUUCAUUGCCCUGUCUACAGGGAGAUCACGUCAGGGAGGGGAACGUGCCGUUCCCCAUUGAAUAGAAACUGAUUGGGGAGGUACGUCCUCCCCAGGGCCCCUGGCCUUACCACUGAGGGGUCCGAAGCCCCAGACACCACUUCUAGGGGCCGUGUCCUGACCAGGAGCGGCCGCUGUGAAAGCCAGCCUUGAGCCCUGAAAGAGUGCCCAUCCCACCACCAGCCUAGGAAGGAACCGGUGACGUUGGCAUGAGAGCCUCAUGCUGUCCCCACUACACUUUGUGCCCUUGUGCUCUGUGUCUCCUGAGCCUGGCCCAUCCUCACCCUCAGCAGUGGGGUUCAGUUCCCCCCCGGGAGCUGGCUGCCUUGGGUGGGGAGCAUCCUGGGGUGGGGGUGGGGACAGACUGGAUGACACUGUGAGCUCCUUCCUGUGAUUAACCCAAGUGGAGAGGUUUUGCAUUACUAACUACAGCUUCCUUCCUCACAGGAGACUUUUCUGACAUGACCACUAAGACUGCAGCUGCUGCCUUGGGGAGGGGAGUGGGAUGGGCAGGAGGAAUUGGAAAGAUAAGAGAGAAGGUAGUACCUGGACCGUGGGAGCUCGCCUGCCCUGCUCUAGAGGCCCUGGCAGAUUCUCAGAGGCAGGGGGAUGAGUAGGGAAGGCUAAGGUGGGAGAGACAGGGGUGAGGAGAGCCCAAGCUGACGUGGUCGGCAUGGAUGGCUGCUGGUGAAGCAUCCUGCCGCAGCGGAUGGCUCCGGGGUUUAGUGAUGAGCUUUGCCCCCUCAGAAUUCCUCCUGUGAUUUCAGCAGGGGCACAUCCUUUUCCUGACCCUGCUUGCCCCAGACAGGAUGCCCUAGGAGUGUGAUAGUUACUUUGGUCCCAGCAUUGACCUUCCAUUCCUGGUCAAACCUUUCAAGGGAGUGGACUUUGCUGCUCCCUCUCUACUCCAUCAAUUCCUACUAGACUGUAAGCCCCAUGAGGGCAGAGAUUGUGUCUUAUCUAAAUUUUGUAUCUCCCACGGAACCUAGUACCAUGCUCUGCACACGGUUGGUGCUUAAUAAAUGUUGAGUUGAACACUUUCCUCA